UUAUUAUAGUAUUUAACUAUUGAAAACUCUGGGCAUAAUGAUUUUAUAUACCCAGCCUGUACAAAUAAUUGCAGUGUUUGGUAAAGUCCUCUCCCCACAUGGAGUUUUUAAAGGUGUUCCUCAAUUAUUGUCAGUUGUUUGACAAAAUAACAACUUGAAAAGCAAGCGAAAAAAUGGGCAAAAGGAUUUUUACUUUGGACAAUCAGUCAUCUCGUGAAUCGAACCUUCCCCUGAUCCUCCGGCCUCAAGAAAGAUUUAGCAGUUGAUGACUUGAGCCACAGGUUUUGACAGAGAGGCCCUGAGCUAAAAGCAUAAAAAACAGAGGAAAGUCAAAACAUGCAAGUAUGAACACAACUGAGACACAGUGAAUGAAAACUUGCGUCCUAGGCUGAGAUGAGUCCUAACUUAGCAUGGCGGUGGUGGUUCGGAAGUGCCCUGAUACAGACUCGCUGUUGCAGUAGUGAUUAAUGUGGCAUGUUGGGAUAUUGUUGGUGGGUCAUGAGAUCUGACAGGCGCUAUUAAUGGUGACAGGUAGCAAACAUAUCCAACUUGUCAUUGUUUCCUUUUUAGGUGUUGCCUAUCUAUCGCGGUAUUGAUUAUCCUUUUGGAAAUGGGUCCCGGCUCUUGUUUUUUAAAUACCAUGGGUUUGCUUGGGCUUAUAAGGAGCUUGGAUUUGCAACUUAGAAGGAGAUGCACUGAAUUGGGUAAUGUUGAUAAGAACUCUCUCAGAUUUGGAGUCAGUAAUUACUGAAAGCAGCAUUAAUUGCUGAAAGCAACAUUAAUUGGAUGGAACAUGGAUUAUCUGUCAUGCCAUAGAAGUUUAUGGAAAAGUGUCUUUGACAAAUGCUUAUGAGCAGGACAAGCACCCUUUGAGACGAUGCCUUUAUUCUGGAUAAUUGGGAUUAACUUUUUGGCUAAGAAUGCCCAAUUUUCUCAGCCCGGUCUUAUAUGACAAAAUCAUGCUUUUUUUAAUAUUGAACAAUGUUUUUGACCUCUGUAAGCAGUGUGAGGUCAUCCUACAAACUCGUAUUGAAAUCUUGAUUAAAAUGCUGAAAAUGGGGGUUGGCAUCCGACGAUGGCCCAGACCAGGUCAAACUCCAGUUGGACUUAUUGUGAUUUUAAAUUAUAAGCUGAAAACAAGGCUCGGUAAUGGGAAAUGGCUCAUUAGUCAAAAUUCUGUCCCGGGUUUAUAAUUUUAAACCGCAUCAUACAUUUAAGAGUUAGAGUGGUUGACAAAUGUAAUCCUUAGACGGUUUUUUAAUUUGUGGUUCGGCCAGACCAAGUCAAACUCCAUUUGGGACAAUGGAUUUUAAAUUUUAUGCUAAACAUAGGCUUUGGUAAUGGUGAUGAAUUGCCCAUGAUUCUGUCCAAGUGUUAUAUCUUACAUCGGCCUAAACAGAGACUUAUCUAGACAAAAAUUGUAAACUGGUGAUUAAAUUUGCACAUGACAGAUUGAAGAAUUUUGGUUAAUGGAUUGGCAGGUUUUGGAGCAGAGAGCUUGAUAUCUAUCUCCAAAAUUGAGUGCCGUCUUUUGUUUGGGCAACAUAUCUCUGGACUAAAUUAGCAGCUUACUGGUUUAGGUAUCCUAGGUGUUUGUAAUUUUUUUUGGCAAUCGUGAGGAGAUUUCUGUGCAAUAACUUUUUGGUUUGGGGAUCUUAUUUGUAGCAUGGUUUGGAAAGUUUGAUGAAUUCUGCUUAUGUCUCCCCACGAAAGAAAUAUCCUUUACCACUAGAUGGUUGUAAUUUUCAAAGCCACGUGAAUUCUACUGAGCCAUUAAGAUCUUAAAAGCUUACACUAGGGUUCGAUACUGUAUUAGGACAUAUUCAAUGCAUUGUAACUGUUGGGAAUUGACUUCACCAUGCUUGGAAUUAAGAGAGUCAUAUUUGCUAUAGAGUCUUGUAUUGAAGAAAUCAUCAGCCUAGCAUAUCUAGUUGAGAAGGGUAAGGUUUGGUUUUAUUUUCAGCCUCCCUGCUGGUGGUCCAUAUGACUAGGUCCCGAGCUUUACCUUGUCUCCAAUGGCAGCCUUUCAAAGUGAACGUUGUAUUUGUAGCACUGAUUCUCUCGGUCCUUCAAAGAUGUGUUUCUGCAGCUCCACGUGUUGGGCCAGUGCAGCCUGUGUUUCUCGGAAAUCAAAUGACUUGGAUUGACUAUGGUGGCAAUGCCCUUUAUUCAGUAAACAAGACAUUUGUACUUGGAAUAUUCGCUCCAACACCAGAUGUAGCAGCCUUCUUUCUGUCAAUAAAGAAUGGAAAUAGUGGUAUGAUUGUCUGGACUGCCAAUAGGGACACCCCAAUAUCAUCUAAUGAUCAAUUUCUGUUCUCAGAAGAUGGCAACGCAUCCUUGACUAAAGAUGGUACUGUUAUAUGGUCCACCCAAACAGGAGGCAAGGGUGUUGGGAUAAUGGAGCUGCAAGAAUCUGGUAAUUUGGUUUUGUUGGAUAAUUCCUCAAACAUCAUUUGGCAGAGUUUUGACCACCCAACAGAUACUCUUCUCUCCAAUCAGAGUCUCAAAGUUGGGAUGAAGCUGAUUUACUGGACUAUGGAGGCUGACAGCCGGAAAACAAUUACGUUGGAUGGCUCCCCUGUGAUGGCAACUUUAACCGAUAGAUAUUUGGGUAUGUAUGAUGAAGAGAAAAAUUUACUAAGCCAAUUUAUCUUCUCAAGCUUUCCAGAUGAAGCAGGAUUUCGUGCAGCUGUAUUAGGUCAAGGGGGAGCUUUAACAUUUGAAAUCAUUGAAACAGAAGGUCCAACCAUUCUAGAUCAGACAGUGAUCCCGGCAGAUAAUUGUCAAUUGCCUAGUGCAUGUGCGUCUUACUUUGUCUGCCAAAGUAAUGGGCAAUGCCAAUGUCCUCGUCUCUUGAAUUCUAUCUACGGAUCUUCAUGUGCCCCAGCACCUUUGCCACUUUGUGGUAGCUCUAAUGACCCCGUAAGUUUUUAUAAACUAGGAGAUGAUUUGAAUUACUUUGCAAAUGAGUUUGUUAGCCCUUUAAAAAUGUCUCAGUUGGGGGAUUGCCAAAAAGCCUGCAACAAUAACUGCUCUUGCAGUGUUUUUUUCUUUCAAAAAAGUUCAGGUAAUUGUUACCUUUUCAACCAAAUAGGGAAUCUCAAGACCUCCACAGAUGAUUCCACUGCAUUUGUUGCAUACUUCAAAGGUCUUGGCAACUUAACAAACGGCACGAGUUCAGGAUCAGGCAAAGGCAAUGCAAACCAUUUUAUCUUCAUUGUAAUCAUUGCAGUGGUAACUGUAAUUGUAGUUAUUGGGAUUGUCUAUAUUGGAUACCGGUUUUUUAGGAAGAAGGAAGCACCUGAUACGCUGAAUGAAUCAUCAGAUGAUGAGAGAUUCUUAAACAACAUACCUGGCCUGCCAACCAGGUUCUCCUAUAGGCAGCUCCAAGAUGCCACCGAUAAUUUUAGCAAGAGGCUUGGGAAAGGGGGUUUUGGGUCAGUUUAUGAGGGUACACUACCAGAUGGUAGCAUAGUGGCUGUGAAAAAGUUGGAGGGUAUUGGGCAAGGCAAGAAAGAAUUCCAUGCAGAGGUAGCUACCAUUGGCAGCAUACAUCAUGUUCACCUUGUUAGACUCCGAGGGUUUUGUGCAGAGGGCUUGCACCGACUACUGGUCUAUGAAUUCAUGGCCAAUAGGUCUCUUGACAGAUUCCUAUUCAGAAACAAGAAGCAAGAGGUUAUCUUGGAUUGGGACAGAAGAUACAAUAUUGCGCUUGGAACCGCCAAAGGAUUGGCUUAUCUGCAUGAAGAUUGUAGUGUGAGAAUAAUUCACUGUGACAUAAAGCCAGAAAAUAUUCUUUUAGAUGAUAACUAUGUAGCUAAGGUGUCAGACUUUGGGCUUGCAAAACUUAUGACCAGAGAACAGAGCCAUGUCUUUACGACCUUAAGGGGUACUCGAGGCUAUCUUGCUCCAGAGUGGCUUACCACCUUCGCUAUUUCUGAGAAGAGUGAUGUAUACAGCUUUGGCAUGGUUCUACUAGAAAUUAUUGGUGGAAGGAAGAAUUUUAAUCCCGAAGAAGCUUCUGAAAAAGCUUAUUUUCCAGCUUAUGCUUUCAAGCAGAUAGAAGAACAAAAACUGGAAAAUUUACUUGAUCCAGAGCUUGACUAUGAGCCUUCUGAUGAAAGGCUAUCAAGGGCAGUCAAAGCUGCCUUAUGGUGUAUUCAAGAAGAUUUUUCUUUAAGGCCAUCUAUGGGAAAAGUGGUACAAAUGCUCGAGGGUCUCAUGUAUAUACCUCAGCCACCAGUUUCUUACCAAACUGGUUUCCGCAUACAUAACAGCUUGCUGAAAUCUACCAGUGAAGAGGGGACCUCUUCCAAUCCUUCUGAUUAUAACAGCCAGGACAUGCUAUCAGCAGUCCGCCUCUCUGGACCAAGGUAAGUCUUGUCAUUUUUAAGAUUCUCUACAAAGUUUUUGAAGUCCUUUUACUAAAGAGAAUAUGAAAGCACAUUGGCUGUAGCAGAACUAAGGGAUCUUGAGCUGAUAAAAAACAAAGACUGGGAUGUUUUCCUUGUCAUUAUGUAUGAAUCUAUCCAGGCAUGUGCCCAUGUAUGACCAUACAAAUGGUCUGUAUAUUAUCUUCUGACCGAUCUAUAGAGCAUGAUGUCUAUAAAAGAGAGUUGCAAACUUUACACACUAGAGCAUCCAUUUUUGCUUCUUUCACAAUAGUCAUAUUGAGAUUUUUUGUCAGUGUUUUAUUUUGUAUACAAGGAGCGUCAAUUCAGAUCCAAUUGGCUCUUUAUAGUCUGGUUGGUCUAAAUGUGAAAAUAUGUUACAGCAAAUAUGCUGAGCUUUGCACAAACUAGGUGAUUCCAUGCCUUAUCGAUGAUAAGAAGACAUAUUACAGUCAGCCAUAACCUUUUUUGUUGGAUUGGGAAGUCUGGAUUUUGCAUUUGGCUUCUAUAAAUAUCCUAGUCUCGUUGGGUUUAGAGGUCUUCAAAUUUACAAUUCAUUAUCAUGUAUUGACAAAAGUUCCUUUCAAACUUAAUGAGUCCAAUCCACAGAAAGAGUAAUAUGGGAACUGCAGAUGAAUCUGUAUUAGGCUAUUAGCUUGUGUUUCGAUCUUACUGUGCUUUCCAAGGUCAUGGCCAUGUGUUUAAGCUUCUCCAUUCCAGUUUGUGCAAUAAACAAUGUUUACAGAGGAUUGAA